AUGAGCGACCUCGAAGACUUGGGCAUUCUCAACAUUGAAGUCUCCGACGCCGAGGACACCACGGCCGCGGAGAAAAAGGCCAAGCGCACCGGGCAGUCGGAGGAGGAGUUUCAGGCCGUACGCAAGACCUAUGCGACCCGCGUUCAGAAUGGAAAUAUAUACAAGCACAUCAAGCUGCCACUCCGGAGCAACGCUAGCAAAAUGGACGUGCAAGAGCUGCUGCACGCCGUCGAGGAGCUCUACUUCUUCCGACGCUACCAGGAGGCCGCCGACUUUGCUGCGCAGGCCCUGCAGGGCGAGUCAAGGGCGGCGCUGGACGGCGACGAGGCGCUGCCGCUGCUGCAAAAGUACGAGGCAAAGUGCAGGGCCAAGCAACAGGCGCUGGAUGCGCGCGUGGCCAUGUAA